AUGGGCACCAUAGAGAAGCACACCGUUCAUUCACCAAGACGUCCCAAGCUCCUGACUUGCGAAGAGAUUCAAGACUGGUCGCGAGACAACGAGUUCAUCCAUACUGGCUAUCGCCCAGAGAAGCCCGAAUACAAAGACAUCUUCCUCAGUCUGACCUACCUCCACAACGAGACCUGCAACAUAUACACCCACUUGAUCGGCGCGAUACUGGUAUGGCCUGUCGCAUACAUCUACAUGCGGAUUCUGGCCGAGCCCCAGUACCACGAUGUGCUACCGGCAGACUGGGUCAUGUUCACCAUCUUCUUCUUCUCUUGCGAGUUUUGUCUGCUCUCCAGCGCUGUCUACCACUUGAUGCAACCCCAUUCGCAUAAGGUGGAGCAGUUGUGGCAUGUGAUGGACCUGACUGGUAUUGCCGUCAUCAUUGCUGGCACAUUUGUUGCGGCCAUUUACUACUUCUUCAUCUGUCAACCGGCCUUCCAGAUCUUACACUGGGUCAUUGUGAGUCAAGUUGAGUGA